GUCAAAGCCCUGCGUCCUUCGGCCCCCAGAGCGGAGAAGCGCGCAAGGCAGUGGUGACAGCGGCGACGGCAGCUGCGACAGCAACCCCUGCUGGGCCGAAACUGGGCAGAGCGAAGCAGACGUCUGAAGCAGCGCGAGUGAGGCGCGAGGGUAGCGCCCGCGCCCGGGAAGACCCCUCGGCGCGAACCGGCAGCCCAGCCCCGGGUCCCGAGGCCCCGCCUCUAGGGCCUGGGGACUAAUCGGAUUGAGAGCGCGCCGGCCCGGGCCGCGAACUCGCCAAUUGCGGAGGGCGGUGGCCACCGCCCAAUCCGGAGCAGACAGGUGCGAGGUCCGGAAGGCGGAGGCCAAUCGGCGGCGGUUGCGACCUGCUGGGGCAGGUCUCGGCCAAUAAGGAGGCUCGAGUGACAUCUUCGCGCACCAAUCGGGAGUGAGGGAGCAUUCGUGCCCGCUCGCCCUUCCGGCCAGACCUCUAUUUACCAGGGGCGUGCAGCCCGCUUGCCAAUCAGAGCGCGGCUGAGCGGCCCCGCAGCCAACCCCCGAGGAGCGGCCGGCUGGCGUCCGCCGCGCCCAGGAGUUGGGGAUGUCCUACAAACCCAUCGCCCCUGCUCCCAGCAGCACCCCUGGCUCCAGCACCCCUGGGCCGGGCACCCCGGUCCCUACAGGUGAGGAUCCAGCUCCACCCCUGCUCGCCUGCCGGGCGGUCGAGGUCUCGAAGAGAAGACGGCCUGAGUUCUGCAAUACUGGGCCUGCCGCCUACCCUCGCUGAGCCUCAGUUUGCUGGCCUGUGAAGUGGGCGUGGUCACGAAGCGUCCCGUCGCCGUCGGGCUCAGUGCCAGGAGCCGGCGCUCCUUUUAGACCGCUGUUUAACGACUUUGGACCGCCUUCCAUGGGCUACGUGCAGGCGAUGAAGCCACCCGGCGCCCAGGGCUCCCAGAGCACCUACACGGACCUGCUGUCAGUCAUAGAGGAGAUGGGCAAAGAGAUCCGGCCCACCUAUGCUGGCAGCAAGAGCGCCAUGGAGCGCCUGAAGAGAGGUAUCAUCCAUGCCCGGGCGCUAGUCAGAGAGUGCCUGGCAGAGACAGAGCGGAACGCCCGCACGUAACAGGAAGCGCCUCGGCCUCAGCGUCUGGACCUAUCCGGCCACUGCAGAGCACCCGCUUCUCCCUGGCCUUCAUCCCGAGUUGCACUAACCAUCCUGGGCUUCCUGUCCUGUGUCCCUUGGUGGGUCCCCUCCAGGAACCAAGGAGUGGCCCUCCAGGUGGCAGCACUAAGGACACCCCCCCACAACAAGAGUUAGCAGCGAGGUCCCCAUGAGUCCCACCCAUGACCUGCCGACAGUGUUACCCACCGGAACUUUCUGUGGCCCCUACCGCUCAGCCCUUCCCAGCACUUCUCCCACUUUGUCCCGAGCCUCCUUCUACCCCAGCAGGGGCUCAGGCCUGGCACCUCCCUGCCUUGUGUCCUGAGCCAUAGUGACUCUUUUAUCUGUGUGUCUUUUGCUAAAUAUGCCCUUUUUAUAUUAAUAAAAGAUGAUUUGGAGUUGUGCUCUCA